AUGCCCUGCGUCCGCACCGUCCUCGGCCUCCUGGGAGCUCUGGCGGUCUGUGGCGCCGUCGCCUUCCUCGGCUACUGCGUUUACUUCGACCGGAAGCGGCGUGGCGACCCCGUGUUCAGGCGCCGCCUGCGGGACAAAAGAAGAGCCCAGCAGCAGAAGGCUGAGGGACGGGGCGCCCAGUUGUGGGAUCCAGCAAAGAAUGAAGAAUUGCAAGAACUUUUUCUGCAAGAGGUACAAAUGGGACAACUUUGGUUAUCCAGAGGAGAGCAUCAGUUGGGUGUUGAACAUCUCAGCAAUGCCCUUUUAGUGUGUGGACAACCACAGGAACUUCUGAAGGUUUUCAAACACACACUCCCGCCUCAGGUAUUUGAGCUGCUGUUACAUGAGAUUCCCCUUAUUUGCCAGAGUCCUGGAAGAAGAGGAGAAAAGACCAAGGCUAUAGAAGUACUGGAAGAAAUAAUGGGUGAAAACGUCCCAAAUUUGGCAAAAGAUAAAUUUAUGCAUCCAAGAGAAGCUGAAUGAAUGCCAAAGAGCACAAACACACAGAAAUCUACAUCAAGAUAAGGCACAGCCAAGCAUCUAAAAACUAAAGACAAAAAUUUUUGAAAGUAGCAAGUGAAAAAGUAACAUCUUACCUACAGGGGAAAACAAUUAGGAUGACAUCAGUAAACCCAGAACCUGCAUCCAGAAAAAAUACACUUCCUUCUCAAAUGAAGAAAAUUAGAAUUUGUUGCCAGCUGACCUACCUUAAAAAAAGAAUUAAAGUUCUAAACAGAAAGGAAAUGAAAAUAGGAUACUUGGAACAUCAAGAAAGAGGAAAAACAGAUAAUAACAAAUAUGAGUAAUUACAGAACACUUUCCUUCUCUUCUAAAGUGUCCUGAACUGUUUGACAGUUGAAGCAAAAAUUAUAAAAAUGUCUAAUGUCGUUUCAAAUGUAUAUUAAUAAAUUGGUAAAGGUAAAGGAAGGUAAGGUUUCUACACUUCACUGAAACUGGUGUUGACACCAUCAGACUGUGUUAAGGUAUAUAAAUAUCAUGAAGUAACUAGAGCAAUCACUAAAAAGGAUACAUAAGGAAACAUACUCAAAAAUACUAUAGAUAAAUCAAAAUGAAAUUCCAAAAUAUAUUCAUGUAAUCCACAGAAAGGCAAGAAAAACAGAAGAGAAAAUAAAAAAUAGCAAAUUUAAGCCCUAGUAAACAAUUACAUUAAAUAUAACUUGGUGUCAAUAAUCAAUUAAGAGAGACUGGUAGAAUGGAUUAAAAAACAUUACCAACUAUAUGCUGUCUCUAAGAAAAAAAUUUUUUUUAGGAUUUUAUUUAUUUGACAGAAACACAGUGAGCGAGGGAACACAGCAGGGGGAGUGGGA